CCAAAGAAAUUCACUCACUAGUGGUUACUCAACGCAGACUAUACAACUUCACCGUUCAGAGCCCGAUAUGAUAUCGGCAUUUCAAAAAUACAAAUUAGGGUAUCGAGCGAUCAUGUCAUUAUGAUAUCCGGGUCAUACUCUCAUUACAAAAAUAUAAUGCAGCAUGUACUAUUUCGUUGCAGGUUAGGACGAAGUUAGAAUGGCGUCACACUCACAACCAGACUUUGACGAGGUCCUCAAACUGAUCGCAGAAGACAUAACCAACGAAGACCAUAUUGAAAUGUUAGGAAAAGCACUUGGUUUCCGAAAAGGCCCCAUUGAAAACUACAUCAAAACCAACUUCCGGUUUGGUAACGUUACGAGCAGGGGUACACUUCAAAUGCUCCGGGAUUGGAAUCUUAAAGUCAGCAGAACGCAUCAGUUUGGAGAGCUGAGGGCGGCUCUUAUAAAGGCAAACUUGCAGGCGACGGCGGAUGAUCAUUUACCCCAAGCUUGCCUCUCUACACCGCGGAAUUCCCAGUCUGCCCAUCCGGUACAAACACAGGAAGACCCUAACCUAUAUGUGACCGAAGGUCAGAUCAUGUACCUCGCAAGGAAUCUGCUAGGUGACUUUUAUUCUCCGUUCGCCAGUGCACUAGGCUUCUCGUAUGCCGAGUAUGAAAACAUCAAACGGAAACAUCUGAACGACAUAAAGGAAGCGACCUUAGACAUCUUGAACCAAUGGAAAAGGAACACAGGUGGUUUGCGGACAGCUUUAGAGGGCGCUCUUAACGAGGCAGAAUGUACACGCUUAGCAUAUACAUAUAAAGAUGCAUAAACCCGCUCGGUUCCAUGGAACCUGCUCCGUUUAUUGAUGUAAUAAGCCACACCCACUUUUUCACUUAGGUCCUAUCUCUUAAAUAUGACUCCCACAUUUUUUACGGAAUAAACAUAUCAUGUUUAGUGUCCAAUAAAAGCUUAAGAAAAAUUCAAUGCAAAUGAAUGGAUCACUGGGUAUUUAAAUUAAAAGUCAUUUAAGGUCAUAUGGGGCAAAUUGCAUUACAAAUGUAAAUGCAACCUGUUUAUUUGCAUUUUAUUUUUCCAUCAGCUACAAUUUGAUACAAAACAUGAUAUG